AUGGACACCCUACUCACCGCGGAGAUCGUGGCUAACUCACCACAAUUUCGCCGCAAAUCGUCAAUCUUUGUUGAUGCAAUUCACGACUUGCCCGAAAAGGCAGAUCUUGCCCCAGCCCAGCUCUACAGCACCGAGUCCGGUCGACUGUUCCACUCGGGCCGUAUUGUGAUCAUCACUGUCGGCUUGCCCGCCAGAGGCAAAACACACAUAUCAGUUGCCUUGGCAAGAUAUCUGCGCUGGCUUGGUGUCAAGACUAGGAUCUUCCACCUGGGAGAUUAUCGACGUGCGACCAUUCCUUUCGGCGAGGAUAUGCCAGAUGAUUAUUUCUAUGUCAACGCGACCGCCAGCUCCGUCUUGCUGCGACAGAAGAUCGUGAGAAAAUGUCGAGAGGAUAUCUAUCACUUCUUAAACCAUGAAAACGGCCAGAUUGCAAUUUAUGAUGCUGUCAAUCCUCUAGCCUCGGGACGGCGUUCACUUGCCAAAGAGUUCGCGAAGCAUGAUAUUGAGACCCUCUUUAUUGAGUCACGAUGUGACGACGAACGCAUCAUUGAAGAGAAUGUCCGCAGAGUCAAGAUCUCCUCUCCUGACUAUGUCUCGUGGAAAUCGCAAGAUGCCGUGAAGCAUUACCUGAGUCGUAUCUCGGCUCGUAUUCCCCAGUUCCAGUCUAUGGAGGAGAAGGAUCUGAACUACAUCAAGAUGAUCAACGCCGGCGAGAGAUUGAUUGUCAACAAUCGAAGCUUUGGAUACCUUUCUAACCGUAUUGUCUUCUACCUGCUAAACCUCCACAUCAAGUCACGACGAACUUACUUUGUUCGAGCUGGUGUCUCAUUGGAUGCUGAUUCGUACAAAGCCGAUGCUUCUCUUUCUGAACAAGGCGAAGACUAUGCUAAGAAAAUGACCGCACGGCUAUUAGCUCACCGAGAAGAAGAGAAGCAAACCAUGAUCGAACGAGGAGAGACGGGCUUUGAAUCGAGACCUCUGAAAGUUUGGACAUCGACCCGGCGCAGGACCAUCGAAACAGCGAAAUACCUCCAUGAAAAUGGGUACAAGGUCCGGCAAAGAUCCCAACUGAGCCAAUUGCACCCCGGCGUUUGCGAGCAAAUGUCCGAGAAGAAAAUCCGAGCAGAGUUCGGAGAUGAGGUCUCCAAACACGAACUUGAUCCCUACCACCACCGUUACCCUCGCGCAGAGUCUUACCACGACUUGGCUGUUCGCCUGGAGCCCAUCAUUCUCGAGCUCGAGAGGGAACAGACCGAUUUGCUCAUCAUUGCACAUGAGAGUGUUCUGAGGGUCUUGUAUGGCUACCUCAUGGCCUGCAAUGCUGCGGACAUUCCGUUCCUUGAAUUCCCCCGUGAUGAGAUCAUCGAGAUCAUCCCCGAGAGCUACCAGAAUGUGGCCCAGCAUAUCAAGAUUCCCGACCUCCCAGAAGAGAUCAUUCCUGACUCUCCCGAGGAUCUGAAGAUACCUGUACCCCCAAGUGGAUUGGUGUCCCCGAUGCAGGGGCUUGGUAGCCCAGAGGGCCAGGGCACCCCGCAGAGUGGCUACCGAACACCGAGUGGUAUCCGGACCCCGCGCGAGCCCGAGAGAAUCUCACAGCAGCAUGUUGAAGACGUGGUUUAG